CUAAUAAUAUUUGUAUGUAUUAAUGGAUGUUAGCCCGUGGUGUUACUUACGAGUUUCAAUGGCGAACUAAAACAGUCACACAUUCAACAAUUAAGAUAGCCGAGCCGCAUAUAUAUAUAUUAUCACGUGGACUAAACACACGUGAAUGGGUUGAGGGGUUUAAUUUGAAUAAUCGGGGUGUGAAGAUUACUUGGCAGAUUCUUUUUCCGUCCCGAUAUCUGAUUAGCUAAGCAUAAUUACGAAGGGAAAAAGCCUGCUUUGUAAACUCUUACAAAUCGAAAGAAAAGACUACCAGUAAUCUCUCGACGAUAAUUUUUCGCUGAGUCAGCUGGUGGAAAAUAGUAUCCGAAAGCAGAAAUAAACCAUUAGCCCGAGAGGAUCUCGCUUUUUGUUGUCUUGUUGCGCCACAUUGUAUAGAUGGUGUGGGUUGAUGUAGAUUUGAGAUUAUCAGCCACAUUAUGUCAAAUAGGAUAAACAAUUCAAACAAGAGCGCUUCUCCACUCUCCUCCGCUCUCCUCCGCUCCUCUGCUCUUUUGACAAUCAGCAAACUCCCAAACAAAAACAUUAACUCCACCUUAUCUCCGGUGACAGUUAUUGUUCUGUAUCGUUUUCAUCUGCAAAAUGCGGAAAUCGAUUGUUCCAAUAAUACAAUGUAGCAACUUUGCAUAAUUAUCCGGAAAACUUCUUCUUUGGGGUAAUAACAGUUACCGAAUUGUGUUGAGUAUCGGCUUGUGACUUUUCGGUUAAUAUAAAACCC